AUGAAAUCACUUCUUCCACAAAAUUUGUCUCUUUGCACUGCCGACUUUGUCUUGUCUUUUGUGACCGAGCUCACACAGCAAGAAUUGCUUAUCAGUGAGGAUCUAAUGGCAGACGACCGAGUCAGUGGCCAUAACAAUGCUGUCUACAAUGCCAUGGAGCUGGUACUUCUUCCCAAUAAAGGCCUUAUUAAUACAACCCUUAAAAUAAGCAGCUCUGCUGUCUAUCUAGAUAGACUAUUAAAAACUACAACCUUUAAUAAUUAUACCCACCUUAUAAUUUGUAAUACUUCUGGGGUUUGGGUUAAUUAUAUGGCCAGUAGCAGCCGCAGUGAUCUUCUACUAGAUUUCCAGAUUCCUACAAUAUUUUUAAAAACUGGUAUGUGGACUUUCAAGGUCGAUGCGCGAGCGGGAGAUGAAGAUAAUAUGUGCCUAUUUGCUGUGAAAAUGACACAAUGGUUAAAGGGGGGGCUGCACUAG